CCUCAAUCUGCACCUCUUUCGGGCAUAGGGUGCUUCGUCAUACGUCUAUCUGUCUUUACCCCCCAGUUUCCCGAACCGUGCGCAACCGUGUUUCCCAACUAUACCAGCAGAUCUCCAUCAGCGGCGGCAAUGGAGGCAGCAUCUGCGCGCAUGGCCGCCCGCGACCGCUAUGGCGCGUUUGGCGAGGCACCCACCUCUCCGCUGCAGCGCUUCAUAUUGCAGGCGUGCGACCCGCAGAACUUCGAGCCAAACCUCGCGCUGAACCUCGAGAUCACCGACCUAAUCAACCAGAAGAAGGGCUCUGCGCCUCGAGAAGCAGCCGUGUCCAUAGUACACUAUGUCAACCACCGCAACCAGAAUGUCGCCCUACUUGCGCUCAGUCUCCUCGAUAUCUGCGUCAAAAACUGCGGCUACCCGUUCCACCUUCAAAUCAGCACCAAGGAGUUCCUCAACGAGCUCGUCCGCCGUUUCCCCGAGCGCCCACCGGUGCACUCGUCGCGCGUCCAGAACCGAAUCCUCGAAUUGAUCGAAGAAUGGCGGCAGACAAUAUGCCAGACAUCGCGGUACAAGGACGAUUUAGGGUUCAUCAGGGACAUGCACAGACUGCUGAGCUACAAGGGGUACAUAUUCCCAGAAGUACGCAAGGAAGAUGCAGCCGUCUUGAAUCCAAGUGAUAACCUUCGAUCCGCCGAGGAAAUGGAAGCAGAAGAACGAGAAGCGCAAUCUGCGAAGCUCCAAGAGCUCAUUCGUCGCGGCGGACCUCAAGAUUUGCAGGAGGCCAACAAGCUUAUGAAAGUGAUGGCUGGUUACGACCAAAGGAACAAGACGGAUUGGCGCGCAAAGGCGGCUGAAGAAGUUGGUAAGAUCCAACAGAAGGCUAGGAUACUGGAGGAGAUGCUGCAGGGUUACAAGCCUGGAGACCAGCUCAAGGAGGGUGACGUUUUCGAGGAACUCGCCAGUGCUCUGCAGAAUGCGCAACCCAAGAUCCACAAGAUGUGUGAAGAGGAUUCAGAAGACACAGAGGCCGUGGCCAAACUAUUCGAAAUCAACGACAGCAUACAUCGCACAAUACAACGAUACAAGCUGAUCAGGGACGGCGAUAUCGAGGGCGCGAACAAGAUACCACAGGGCACAUUGGGACGCAGUGGUGCUGGAGUCUCGAAGGGUGCAAACAACCAAUUGAACCUGAUCGAUUUCGGCGACCCAGAACCUGCGCCUGCUCCUGCAGUAGCAGAGUCGUCCGGGGCGGCUUCAGGGCAGCCAGCUGGCAAGGGCAACGCAUUGGAAGACGACCUGCUAGGGUUGUCUCUGGGUGGUGACAGCUAUGGUCAAUCGGGCAGCAUAGCGCUUGGUGGUUCGAACGGAUCAGUGCUUGGUCUGUCAGGAGUGCCAGUUCCCCAGCAGCAGAAGGCCUCCAACCAGGCAAUCACCGACCUCUUCGCAUCAGGGCCACGCUCAGCACCACCUCCACAACAGAUAUCGUCCCCACCGCCAUCUGCCACAUUCUCACCUGGUCCUGCUCAGCCUUCUCGCACGCCAGACCCUUUCGCUGCUCUCACAGCAACGCCUCGCCAAGGCUCACCUUUCCAGUACCAACAGUCAGUUAAACCGCCGGCACCUUCGUCUGCUGCAGUCGACCUCUUAGGCGGUGAUAUCUCUGGACCAACUUCUAACUUGGCUCAAAGUAGCAUAAGUGCAGCCAACGACGAUGAUGAGUGGACCUUUGCAUCCUCCGUACCGGACAGCUCCAAGGAGAUCACAGUCGUCAACUCGAGUAUUAACGUGCUAUUUAACAUCUCGCGUGAAGCCGACACAACUCUGCUGAUCAACUCUCGGAUAUCGAAUAACACACCACUGCCGAUAUCCGGUCUCACUCUGCAGGUUGCAGCAUCUAAGGGUGCGCAAUUGCAACUCGAACCUCAGUCUGGCGUUACGCUUGCGCCCAACCAGAAGCACGGAAUCACACAAAACAUUCGGGUGAACAACGUCCAAAGAGGGAACGGAAACAGUGUCAAGAUGCGGUGGAAGGCCUCUUACUCUCUUGGUGAUCAGCAUCAGAGCGAACAAGGUGAAAUUGCCAGCUUAGGUGUCUUGUAGCACGCUCGGCACAAAAGUUGGGAUUCUGCUAGAUUAGCGCAUUGAUACCUGCAGUCACGAACACGACCG